AUGACAGUAAUGUCCUCAGAUGAAAAACUCAUUUCUCUAUUUAACUCCACAUUUGUUCGUCCUUCAAAAUUUUAUCUUGGGGGGUUUUCUAACAUCCCUUUUGUUAAGUAUUAUUAUGUCUUCUUGUGUUUUGUUUACAUCAUGACUGUUCUUGGAAAUGGUUUUCUCCUUUCUGUUAUCUACCUGGUAAAGACUCUCCAUACUCCCAAAUAUAUGAUCGUGUUCAACCUGGCUUUGACAGACUUGUGUGGGAGUACUGCUCUCAUCCCAAAACUCCUGGACACAUUCUUGUUUGACAGGAGAUACAUUCUCUAUGAGGCAUGCUUGAGUUAUAUGUUCUUUGUUUAUUUCUUUGUAGGAAUGCAAGCAUGGACUCUUGUCACCAUGGCGUACGACAGAUUUAUUGCAAUUUGCUUCCCGUUAAGAUACCACAGCAUUGUCACCAAAAGAUCUAUAUUUGCAAUGCUGCUGUUUUCAUGGAUGUUUUUAUUGGGUUAUUUUGCUGCAAUGGUUGAAUUUCUUAAUCAGCUUUCUUUCUGUGGGUCUUUAGUGAUCCAAAGUUUUUUCUGUGACCAUGCACCCGUCUAUCUUCUUGCCUGUAAUGAUGCAUCUUAUAGUUAUAUAACAGGGGUAAUUGCCUUCACUAUAUUCACUUGCAUCCCUCUUGUACUGAUUAUUGUUACUUAUGCUGGUAUUUCCAUCGCACUGAGCAGGAAUUUUUCAAGAGAUAAAAGACUUAGAGCGCUAAAAACCUGUACUUCUCACCUGCUGCUUGUUGCUGUGUUUUUCCUACCAUUUGUUGGCUCUAACUUAGCUGCUCUGACUUCCUACAUUCACCCCAAUGCUAGAAUUAUAAAUUCCAGUUUAUCACACACAAUUCCAUCUCUGCUGAAUCCUAUUAUAUACUCUUUAAAGACAGAAGAAGUGAUGAAUGCGAUUAAGAGGAUUUGUAAAAGAAACAGACCUCUAUCAACAUAAAGUCUAUUUCUUGUUUUAAAAUAAGUUAGGCUAAUAUGUUGCUUUCUUUGUUUUAGUGGCUUUGUUAUCCUUCCUGUGUUACAAAUCCACACCUGCUGCCUUAAGAAUUGUCAAGAGACAGCUGACUUUGUCUCCCAGCAGUUUUGCUCAAAGUGGAUCCCUUAGACACACAUCAGUCUUCUUGACUGCAACAAACACAAAUGCAUCGACAGUCUGUCAUGAAAACUGAAUCCCCAGGACAUGUUUCAAUGUACCUAAUGCAACUCCUCUCAGAGGGCCUUUUCUAAAUUCAUACCAUAACAAACUCUAAUUGAUGUUAGUAAUCACUGGACCUGUAUCUUUCCUCAAUAUGACUGUCCUUCCCGAAGUCCUCCAUUAAAAUCCUAAGAUUCCCAUUAGUUGAGUUGUGUUCAUUCUUGUGUAUUUCUUUUCCCUCAAAAUGGAUACAAUGCUAUCUUUAUGGUUUAGCUGUACUAUGAGUUUUUCCUUAUCUUGUAAUUAGUUACUUUAGUCCUCAGGUUGUCUUUUAUUGCUAAAAUUAAACAUGUUUUUUUUCCAUUAACGUUUAUCUUAACUUCCUAUUUUUAUACUAUACUAGUAAUUUGUAAUAUGGAUUUCUAUCAGUAUUAAUCUGAGCAGCACUGAGUAUGAUGCACAAUGCCCCACGCUCCCAGAAUCAAUUCAGCACUUAUUUUGAGUCUUUCACACCUGGUAAGUUGUUCGUGCUGCAUAGGAUCAUCUGGCAACAGCAGACACAUUGUGUGAAUUAUAGUUGCUUUUGUUGUUUAUCUUUAUUCUAACUGGGGCCUGAUUUAUAAAACUUAUGUCUCUUCCACACUAGCGCUGGCUCCCCUCCAGUCAGUCCCAGCCCGCCCCAGCUUGGCCAGGUUAAUUAUACACAUUAAAUCCAAACAUCUU